AUGACGCUGGCAUUGAGCCCUGCGGCCGUGUGUCAGUGCUUCACACUUGUGUCGCUGUGCACAUCUAUCGCAGACCCCAACUGGAUCCAGAUCAAAAACUCUUCUCAAGCAAACGGCCAGCAGCUCAUCUAUGGCGUGGCUUUCACUAUACACGCCUAUCAGAAUCGCACGGACACAGGGCCGCUGGGUGGGCUCAACGGAUGGGGAAUGUGGCUGCUGUACGUGCUGGCGUGUCUCUGCUACAGCGCCGUCCUGCUCUCCAGUUUAUCUUUCCUGCUGGACUUCCUCGGCAGAGCUGUCAGUCACUCACGAGUGGUGACAUCCCUGUAUAUAUUAACAGUGUUGGACUGUCUGGCGGUUCUGGGUGUGUGUGUAACCUGUCUGUUCGUUAUUAAACACAACCUGCAGCGAGCGAAACACUCACGGUCGGACCGAACAGAAAUAAACCCGUCCGAGCUGCUAGUGUCUCCGGGAGAGAGUCUGUACUUUGAGCUGCUGGGUUUGAUCUUCUCGGUGAUGGCCUGUGCUUUUGCCCUGAAGGGUCGAGAGGAGCCCAUCGCACCACGUGAUUACCUGAGUGUGGAAUCUGAGGACAGUGAGACGGAGCCUUUGAUUGGUGGAGCUGAGUGA